AUGCAACGGCACGGCAUGCGGCUCUCCGUCUGGCUGGCGUUCGCGGUCGCCCUCGUCACAUUCCAAAGCGUGUCCGCCUGCGACCGGCUAUUCUGCUCCACCGCCGGCCGCGCCGUCCGUCUUGGUCACCACCACCCCAUCCCCAGCGUGUCCGCCUGCGACCGGCUAUUCUGCUCCACCGCCGGCCGCGCCGUCCGUCCCUCCAACGGUCACCAGCCGACACAGGCCGGCAUCCCCAGCGUGUCCGCCUGUGACCGGCUGUUCCGCUCCACCGCCGGCCGCGGCGGCCCCGCUCAGCUGCGCCCCCUGUCGCCCGGAGCAAUGCAAGCUGCGCAGCCCAGAUGCAAGUACGGCGUGGUUAGGGACACGUGCUCCUGCUGCGUCACUUGCGGCAAGGGUCCCGGACAGCUGUGCGGCGGGCCGUGGGACUCGGCCGGCCGCUGUGGCCACCACCUGUACUGCAAGAAGAGGCCGCACCACCGCGAGCCGUACGCCGAGUUCAACGCGCUCGGCAAGUGCCGGCGGCCGCAGGCGGCGCGCCAGCUGCCGCGCGACGACGACGUCGUCUUCCCGGACGCCGAGCACGUGCAGCAAGACGAGAUGGAGCGGGCGGCGCGGCACGAGGCGGGCGCGCUCAGUCUCAUCAGCCCGCUCCCGGCCGCCUAGACGGGCCCUUCGGCCGGACAGAGCGAGACUGAGGCUGGCGGGCCGCCUAGACCGGCCUGAUAAGCCGACUCCUGGCCGUCUAGGGCGCCGCCACCCAUCUGAUCGGCCUGCACUCGGUCACCUAAAACGGCGCCGUCCGCCUGGUCGGUCCCCUUGUCGUCUCCACACGGUUUCACUGCCUGCUCCUAUUCCUCCUCCCCCAUGAAGCCUCUUCGCAACACCACCGCGUGUCGUCGGCUUCUCUAGUGCUGGUCGACUACUG